ACUGUUUGAAGAAAUGCCUGAACGAUGGUUUCACUCAUUUUGACACAGACCCAUUUGAGUUUUUCACCUAUUCCCACUCUAAUCGUCAUAAAUUCCCAAACAAGACUUCAUUGCAGAAGAAAAGUUGCCAUUUUUAAUCUUGUAUUGGGAAAAAAUAUGGGGUCUUUUCAGGUUUUUAAGAAGCUUAGCAAGAAAAGAGUUGGGGAUAGUGCAUAUUGCUUGUGUAGGAAAGGGUUGGGAAGUGAAGGGGAUAUGGAGCUGGAAGAGGAGAUUUUGGCUUUCAUGGAGAUAUCUGAGAACCCAAGUGUUUUUCCAACAAGGAAAGAAUUGGAAAAAGCUGGAAGAGUGGAUUUGGUGGAAGCUAUAAAGAACAGAGGAGGUUGGUUUUCGUUUGGUUGGGACUCUGAGGAUGAUGACACUAACACUGUGAAUGUUAAUGUUAAUGAGGUUGAGACUGUGGAAAUGGAUUUUGACAUUGAGGAGUUUCAUGAUAGAGUGAAGAGUUGUCAAGAGAGUGAUUUAUUACAUGAGAAUGAAGCUCAUUUUUCUGGUUCUGAAGUCUCUAGUUCUUCUCAGCCCGCCUCAUCCUCUGGUAGAUCGAUAGAAACUGUAGCAGAAGAAGAUAGCGGGAUUGAAGGGAUAUUGAGUCGACUAGAAAAAGAGAGGAACUCAUCUCUUGGUAUUGAUCUGGGAAAGCAUGGGCAUACUUCUCAUACAUCAAGUAGGGACAACAUAGAUGAUAGAAGCUUUGGAACCACUGAUGCAGACAGGACUGACCUAGGGAAAAAUGAUAGCCUGAGUAAAGGUAGCCCCAUGAAAGACAUUCGAAGUGACGAGGAGCUUAACCACAGCGUUUCACCAGCCAGGUGGAGAAAAUGGAGCAUACAACGUGCGGGCCUUCAGGAUAUAGAUUUUGAAGCUGCUGAGGUUGCUCUGGGUAAAAGUUGGAUUGAAGGUACCAGCGAAGCUUCGGGAGAUGAUGCAGUUAAUAUCACUGAGAGUAGAUUUGAAGCCUUACAAAGAUCGAAAAAUGGCAACAACAAUGAGAUAAGCACUUGUCUUAUACAUUUAGAGUUUGAGCUAUCAAUGACACUCGGCUCAUUGAAAUCCAAGAGUGAGGAGUUCAGUUCGAAGGAGGUUUUUGGAAGCUCCCCAAGUGAUUCUGAUGCAUGGGAGUUUCAACAGAAUGAACUCAUGAAUGGCCGGGAGAGAUUGAGGUUGAUUCGUGCAAAGCUGGCUGUGCUUGAGGGGAAAAUGACACUUGCAAUGAUGUCUGUGAUGCACAGAAGAUGUUAGACGAGAAGCAGAAGAGGAUUGAUAGGUCUAGUAAAGCUUUACAGCUUCUUCGUACUGCUCGGAUUGUUUGGACUAACUCCGCCUCAGAGGUUCUUCUAGCAGGUUCUUUUGAUGGAUGGACAACUCAGGUUUCAUCUUGCUUCCACAUCAAUGAUAGGAAAUAGGAGACACCACUUUACUGUCAAAACGUCAAGCAUAGUUUCGUCUAAUGUGAUCGUCCAGACCAACUUAAUCUUAUUUUUGUCGUUUAAGAUGAAGAUGAUGUGUUACCAAUGAUUACUGUAAGGACAUCAUCUUCUGCUUGGUUUAGUGUAGAAGUGUCACCAAUAGAGUCAACAUCUAGCUUUUCUUGUGGACAAUGUGAGAGAAGUUCACAACUUAGUCAUGUUUGGCUAGAGCAGGAAUUAAAGAUUCUCUUUUAGGGGGUACACCCAAUUAAUAUCCAGUGCAAUA